GAAAGAAGAAACCUCUUAGCAAAUUUUUAUUUUUAUUUAAAAAAAAAUUCUCGCUUUCUCAAAUCUGUGUCCUCGUAUAAACUCACGUAAACUGAAACCAAGAGAUCGUAGCUUUCCCUUUCAAUGGUGAUGGAGGAUAACCAGAGCUGCGGAAGCAGAGCGCAGGAGCUGGCCUCGCCGUUGCAGAGCCGGCAGCACCGCCAGAAACUCGAGGUUUACAAUGAGGUGCUGCGCCGCCUCAAGAAUUCCAACGAUGAAGAGGCCAAUCGCUCCGGCUUCGACGACGAGCUCUGGAAUCACUUCAAUCGUCUUCCUACUAGAUAUGCAUUGGAUGUGAAUGUAGAGAGGGCAGAAGAUGUUCUAAUGCACAAGAGAUUACUCUAUUUGGCUCAUGAUCCUGCCAAUAGGCCUGCAAUUGAAGUCCGUCUAGUGCAGCUUCAGUCCAUUACUGAUGGGAUUUUAGCUGAUUCCAAUCUUUUAGACUUUGUGAGUGAAGUAGUUCCCCAGCGUCCUCUAGAAUCGUCUAACAGAAAGAGCAUACACCCACCACCUGCCUUUGGCUCAUCACCUAAUCUUGAAGCCCUUGCACUAGAUGCAAAUAAAUUUGACAAUGAAGAUGGGGAUAGUUCUGUACAUGCCAAUACAAUGUUCACAAGGCCCAUGCAUGAAAUUACAUUUUCAACAGACGACAAACCAAAACUUCUUAGUCAGUUGACUGCAUUACUUGCUGAGAUUGGGCUGAACAUCCAGGAAGCACAUGCCUUUUCCACAGUUGAUGGCUACUCCUUAGAUGUUUUUGUUGUUGACGGUUGGCCAUAUGAGGAAACUGAGCAGCUUAGAAUUGCUUUAGACAAGGAAGUUUUAAAAAUCGAGAAGCAAUCUUGGCCAAAGCAACAUUCAUUAUCUCCUAAUUGUAAUGAGAGGAUGGAGAUCCAACUUAAUCCUAAUCAUGUGGCAAUACCUAAUGAUGGGACAGAUGUCUGGGAAAUUGAUCCUGAACACCUGAAGUUUGAGAAAAAAGUUGCAUCUGGAUCAUAUGGAGAUCUGUAUAAAGGAACUUAUUGUAGUCAGGAUGUGGCUAUUAAGGUCCUCAAGCCUGAGCGCGUAAGUUCUGAAAUGGAGAAAGAGUUUGCCCAGGAAGUCUUCAUCAUGAGGAAAGUUCGACAUAAGAAUGUGGUACAAUUUAUUGGUGCAUGUACCAAGCCCCCCAGUUUGUGCAUUAUAACAGAAUAUAUGUUUGGUGGGAGUGUAUAUGACUACCUACAUAAACAUAGGGGUGUGUUUAAGCUUCCAUCCCUACUUAAAGUUGCAAUAGAUGUUUCCAAAGGAAUGAACUACUUGCACCAAAAUAAUAUAAUUCAUAGGGAUUUGAAAGCUGCAAACCUUCUGAUGGGUGAAAAUGAAGUUGUCAAGGUUGCUGAUUUUGGGGUUGCUAGAGUGAAGGCUCAAUCUGGAGUUAUGACAGCUGAAACUGGGACAUAUAGGUGGAUGGCUCCUGAGGUCAUAGAACACAAGCCAUACGAUCAUAAGGCGGACAUAUUCAGUUUUGGAAUUUUGUUAUGGGAACUUCUAACUGGAAAGCUUCCAUAUGAGUUCUUGACCCCAUUACAAGCAGCUGUUGGAGUGGUUCAAAAGGGUCUACGGCCCACAAUUCCCAAGAACACCAAUCCAAAGCUUGCUGAACUGCUUGAGAGAUGCUGGCGACAAGACCCAACGUUAAGACCUGAUUUUUCUGAAAUCAUAGAGAUCUUGCGGCAAAUUGCCAAGGAGGUAGGAGAAGAAGGUGAGGAUCGGCGUAAAGAUAAAACAUCUGGAUUUUUCUCUGUGCUUAGAAGAGGCCACCAUUAAAGUAGUAGGAUUUAUCCAUCCAGUCGUCUUUAUUUAAAACCUAAGUGUGGCCAAUAUUUUCACCAGCAAUGUACAGUAAAAAAUUAUCAGGGCUUUAAAUUUUUUCUAUUUUGUUUCUUGUCACAAUUCACCAUCAAGUCUCCAUUUGUCAAUCACUCCUUUUCGCUUUGUUAUAUCAAUGUGGUAAGGGGAUGUACCAAAAAAAACAAAAAUAUCAAUGUAGGUGUGGAUAAGAUUUAGAGCUUGGCGCUUUUUGCACGG